UCCUCUCCUGUGCCCGGCCGCCAGCCCCGCGCCAGCCCUGCCCGCUCCGGGCCGCUUUUCCUGGAAAGCGGGGCAGGAGAGGGGGCGGGCAGGGCUGGAUCCCGCCGAAGCCCGGCUCUCCCCGAGCCCCUCUCCUCUGCCUGCCUCCGGCUCCUUCCCGGCCGGGCGGGGAGAGAGGAGAGCGCCCGCCCCCCGCGGGGCCGCCGGGGAACAUCUGGGCGGCCGCCCCGCCAACAUCUGGCGCGGCCGCGGCGCAUCCCGGGCCGCGGCUGGAGCCUCCUGCCCGGCGCUGCCCGGCCGGCAGCUACAGCCCCCAGGAGGGCCAGGAAGGCGGACAGGGGGCUGCGAGGGAGGGAGAGCCGCAGGAAGCAGAGAACAUUUAAGUGAACACAACUGGAAAGACAAAGAGGAGCCAGAGACUACACUCUACAGAACUGGUUUUUGUGGCAAAGCCAUGGAGCAGUCUUCCCAGCGGCAGUGUAACCUCUGCUGGACCAUGGAACUCCAGGAAUAGCUAGACUCCUGCAGAGGUUGUCCAUUGAAGUGACUAGGACUGUUUUAGGCAAUCCUCUCCCACUGGUCUGCCCCGGUGAGAGCCUGUCUCGGGGGCUGUGUCCAGUUCUGGGCUCCUGAGUUCAAGGAAGACAAGGAAUUACUGAAGAGGGUCCACCAGGGAAGAGCAGGAGACUGGAGCAUCUCUUCAGAGGAACAGCUGAGGGCGCUGGGCCUGUUCAGCCUGGAGAAGAGACAGCUGAGAGGGGACCUCAUCACUGCAUACAGGUAUUGCCUAGCAGAAAACCAUGGGCAAUUUCAAAGGGCAUGCCCUCCCUGGAAGCUUUUUCCUUCUUUUUGGCUUGUGGUGGUCAGUGAAGUAUCCACUGAAGUAUGCCUGUCGAAAAAACAAGAACGCUUGCUACCUUGGUUCCAGGGCAGGGUUCCAGCGCCUGGAGUUUGUGGAGGGCAUCAUCAAAGCUGUCUUUGCCCUCAUUGGGAUGGUGGCUGAGCAGUUUGUUCCUGAUGGACCUCACCUGAAGCUGUACAACUACGAGAAGAAGCACUGGGAUCACCUGAUGAACUGGCAGCAUGCCACCAUGUACCUCUUCUACGGCAUCUCAGGGCUGGUGGACAUCGUGGCCCACGGCACCAACGCGCUGCCGGCGGCUGUGGACAGGAUGAUGCUGUCCUUGGCAGUCUUCAUUGAAGGUUUUCUCUUCUGCUACCAUCUUCAUGGGAGAGCCAUGCUGGAUGUUCAUGUUCAUCAGUUACUGCUAUUUGCUAUCUUUGGAGCUGCUGCCUGCAUAUUUUUGGAAGUUUUUUUCCGUGGCAGUAUUGUGCUAGAGAUGCUCCGUACAAGCCUCUGCAUAUUACAAGGCAGCUGGUUCUGGCAGAUUGGCUUUGUGCUUUAUCCUCCAAAUGGGAGCCCAGAGUGGAAUCAGAUGGAUCACACUAAUAUGAUGUUCCUGACCAUGUGCUAUUGCUGGCAUUAUGCUUUUGCUUUUCUUAUACUUGCAGUGAAUUACACAAUUGUCAGCUGGGCGGUCCGUUCGAAGGUUAAGCAGUCCCAGCCCAUGGAAAUGGGUUUACUGAAAACGUCUGAACGAGAUCAUGAGUCAGAAGAAGAAAUUUAGCACAAGUAUGGCUUGACCAGUUUGCCCACUCCAACCAUUAGGCUAACUGAUACCUCAUUUCUACACAUUUUUUUGCCAUCUUAUCCAUUCUUUACUACGACUUGCUUUGCAAAUAUCAAUCCUCUAUGAUGUCUAUGUCUACACAGGGGUUUUUUGGUGUUUUUGUUUUGUUUUGGGUUUUUUUUGUUGUUGUUUCAUUUUUGGUUUUGGCAUUUUGUGAAGGGUAAGCUUGAUAUUGAUUCAUGGUGGUUGCACUAGUACCCUGCUUAUCACAUGCUUCACAGAAAAUCAGACUAGUACUAGACAGACUUGGCGAGGAUGAGAUGGCACAAUGAAGUCUGUGUGUUUGCCUUAUUAAAAGCUAAGUAAAAUGUUUUUCAGCUGCUGCUGGACAUAAAGUUUCCAUAAUUAGGAUGUUUAAAUAUUUGUGUUGGUUGCCCUGCAAGUACCUGUGGAUAAAAAACUGUGCAGACCAGGAGAACAGUAGAACAAGAUAAAGAAACCACAGUCUUGCAGCUGUCUUGUGUGACAACUUUGUGUCUCUGCUUGUGGCUUUAUGUUAAACAGAAAGAACUUCUCACUGUGAACCCCUGGAGUGGUUCACUGAGGAGUGUGGGGUGGUUCACCCCCCCAGAGACAGCACCAAGCCUGGCAGGAGCACCAAAGAUGUGUGUGGUGAACAAACCCAGUGCAGUUGCUCAUGCUGGUGCCUUGACAGUCCUGUCCAUUUUUGCAAGGCAGUGGAAGUGACUCUGCCUUCCCUUGGUGCCUGGAACAAUUUCUUUUCCAGAAAAAGGGGUGUCUGGUCAGGCAGCACCCAACUGCAAACCCAGCUUCUUUCCCAAAGCUCUUUCCUUUCCUUUGGUGGAAUUUGGUGGUUUUCUGCAGGAUUCAGAGCAGGCAUGUGACCCCCCACCUGAGUCAGGAGUGGGUAAUUCUGCUCUGUGGGCAGGGUGAGAGGGUUUUGCAUCCCUUUCCUUGUGUCACCCCUGCAGUCACCAGGCAGCACAGAGCUGCACAGAGGGCUGUGGGAGGGGUUGCCUUCUUAGGACCUCCGUACCCAGCAACUAACGCCAGUGAGGAAAUAAAAAAAAUAACACCACUUUAAUUGCAUUUAUUUUCUCCAUGCAAACUGAUCUAGUGAAAAGCACAGUAUCCAUGGCCAAUGGCAGCAAACUGAUUGCUUAAAAAAGCUAGCUAAUAAAAUAGUUUGUACCUGAAAGGGAUCCCAAGAUACCAAAAGUCCUUACAGGCUUUUUCUAAAGCUACUUUACCUUCAAUGCAACAUAAAUAUUUACUUCACUUUUAAGAUGUCUCUUUUAUCUCCCCUUGUUCAGGGAGCACCUUUCUUAGCUGCACAUGCUGUUAAUGCUGUAUUUUAAUCUGUCAGUUUUGUCAGUGCCUUUCCAAAAUCAGUGAUGUUGUUUGUUCUGAAGGAGAACUUCAGAAACUACUUUGCUUCUCACAGGCAGGAACAAUGCCCAUUUCUUCACUGCUGUUCUUGAUAAAUACAUUUAAUGCUGUGCAAAUAUUAAGGUGCUGUAUCUCUAAAGGGACAACCUAAGCAGGAUGAAAAACACAAUAAACUGUCUGAGCUUUUGUAUGUCA